ACUUUGUACUACUGAUCCCCGAUCUAUGAAUUUUACUGUUCAAUCUGUUGUCUAAUCUCUCUUUCAUUCCUCCUUUAACCUGCUUUUGCUUCACUUGGUGUUUCUCUCUAUACUGUUGAAUGUUCCCUGUUCCCCACCCUCCUCCACCUACACCUUUCAGUUUCGACUUUUAACCACCAGUCGAACAGUAAUUCGCAUUAUCAUAGAUGAAUUGUGUUUCGCAAUAAGGUGUAAACAAUAAUUAUUAUUUUUCAACAACUUACUACAACUGAUUGUUUUUAAUUUAUGUUGACGAGUACCCGUCAUCAAUGUCAUCAUCAUCUGAUUCCUCUCCUCCAUCUGGAUUAAAAAAUAUGGAUUUCGACGCCACACCGGAAAAGGCAGUAUUUGGCAUAGAUUUAGGCGGAACUCGCACCCGUGUGUCGAUUAUGCAACGAAAGAAGAAUGCUAAAGGAAAAUAUUAUUUGCAACCGAUAGUCAUCAAGGAUAUUCCAUCGGUUGUUUCUUUCCUUAAAGAUGGUAAAUGUCUGGUUGGUUGGGCUGCUGCUAAAAGAACAGUCGCAAGUCCUUUAAAUACUUUCCACGCGACGAAACGAUUGAUAGGCAGACGCUACGACGAUCCUGUCGUUCAAGAAAUAAUGAAUCGUUGUGGUUAUAAAAUUUACGAAUAUACCGACGGACAUACCUGCUUUCCAAGCAGCAAUCGAAAUAGAGUUUUCAUUCCACCUCAAAUAGAAGCUUUAAUUUUACUCAAAAUGAAGGAAGUUUGCAUAGGUGAAUUGAACAGUAUACCUGUGGAAAACGUUGUGCUGACUGUACCGCCGUAUUUUAACGAUAACCAAAUACAAAUUACCAAAGAAGCAGCCUCAAUUGCCGGAUUAAAUGUCUUGGGUGUGAUUAAUACUCCAGUUGCUGCCGUCCUUGCUUACUCUGAAACCCAUGAAACUUUGCAUGGUAGUAAAACUGUUGCUGUUUAUGAUUUCGGUGGCAGUACCUUUCAUGUAACAGUUUUGAAAAUGACUGAAGACGUUACCGAUGCUGAAGUGUUAUCUACUCUGGAAGAUUUAUCUUUAGGAGGAGAUGAUUUUGAUAAGAAGUUGGUCGAUUACUUGGUCACCGAAUUGCAACGCCAAACUGGAAUCAAUGCCACGCUAUUUGCGACCUUGAUGCAAUACAUUAAAUUGUCUGCCGAAAACGCUAAAAUAGAUCUAUGUUUUCAUCCCGAAGUCGACGUGAAAUUUUGGGCUAUGCGUCUUCCUGGUCUAGAACCGCGAGUUGAACGAAUAACCAUAAAGGUGACCAGAAAUAAAUUCGAAGAAUUAGUCGCAGAAUUAAUCAAUAAAACAAUUGGUUUAUGCCAAAAAGCGUUGAAAGAAGCCAAAAUAUCAACGUCAGAUAUCGACGAAGUUUUAGCGAUCGGUGGUACCUGCAAAAUACCGAAGGUACAAGCCACCAUUCGAGAAAUUUUCGGUAAAGAGCCCAUUGGAGGUGGAAGGGAAAUCGAUCGUGCCAACUCUGUGGCAAUCGGAGCAGCCAUUCGAGCCCAUGAUUUAAUACCUGAAAUUUCCAACGAACGACAACCAGCCGAUCAUCUUAUCAGCGUUCCAAAACCCGUAAUGGAGGAUGAAAAAUUUAAUUUUAAAAUGAUGGACGAUGAUCCAGAUAGGGAUGCGAUUACCAUCAACUACGUACGAUCAAACAUAUUGUCGAUAUACACGGAAGAACAAGCUGAUUCAGUUGUUUUAAAAGAGUGCACGCCCGCUCCAGGAAACCCUCCUGAUGACGAAGAUAUUAAUUAUAUUAUAGCUUACACGAAGCAAAUGGAAAUGAGGAGAAGUCUGGAAGUGAACCUACCCAAAGAAUUAGAAGAUGGGAUCGAUUUUUUCCGACAGAACAGAGAUAAAUACGUGAAAAAAGAAUUGAUUCGUAUAAGUAACCGUUGACUGUUAUGAUUUUCCGAUAGCUCUGAAAAAUUUUCAAUUUUCGUUCGGCGAUGAUUUGAAUUUGGAUAAUUAACUGUUUUGUGUAAAAAGUUUACUAUAUGGCUACUGCGAUGGUCAAAUUUUUUUUUUUUUUGAAUCACCCAUUUUAUGUGUUCAAUUUUUUAAUCAACCAGUUUUUGUAAUUUGAAUUUUAAACACGAAUAUUAUUCUUCAUGGUAAAAUGGUGGCGAUGUUUUUAUAAUUUUUAUGUACUCGAGGCUCGAGCUUUACCAAAUUAAAUUAUUUUUUUGAUUUUA